AAACUGUGCAAUUGGACAACAAUUUAUGGACAGCUAGCACACUUAGCUUUUGUCAGAGCUUGAUUGAAAUUUCUUGUGAUAAUUAAUCAUAAAUAUUGUAAUCUGAGCUUAAACUAUUUAGUAAAAUGGAUAUUUUAAAAGACGAGGCAGUGCACGAGUUAAAAUACAAACCGGGUGGUCGGCUGGACAUGACCCAUGGCUUCCUUCACCAUAUCCGCAGAAACCAGAUUGCUAGAGAUGAUUAUGAUAAAGAGGUAAAACAGGCUAAAGAACUUCAGCGGCGAAGGCACACAACUACCCCUAGAAGACCUCGUCGACCUGACAUCCAGGUGUACCAUCCUAGACAAAGACGUGGUUCAGAGCCAGGAACAGGUGCUGAUCCUGAAGAGUGGAAUGAGAGUGGUUCAAGCACUGAGACUGAAAGCCACGGGACAGAACUUUUUUGGCUUGACUAUCAAGAGGACACAGGAGUUAUUACUUCCUUCUUAGUGCACAAGGACGACAAGCCUGAGAAGGUUGUGGAGCGUGUUGCAGAAAAGAACGUUCUAAACGCAGCCAUGAGAGCUGCUCUAGAGGUUCGAAUUCGAAAGGAAAUUGAAAAAAGACGAGACAACCGAUGAUGAGGGUUCUACAACAGCCGAUGCUAUGAAGACAAAGCUGUUGCAAUCUCACAUAUGUGCUCCUACCUUUGUGUGGUUUGUGCACAACGAGGGCCCUGCUGUCAUUUACAGUCUCUGUUGGCAGAGGUGACCAGAGGACGAGCUGUAUGUUGGUUAAAAAAGGUCAAGGAGCAACACUCAUCACUCCAUAGGGUACAUGUAAAUCAAAUCAACAUGUCCUAUUUGUUUACAACUAUCAGUUUUGUUGUUUUGUUUUAAACCAGAGAGAAGGUAAAGAAAGUAUUUUCAGAGAAGCAUCGAGAUAGAUCUCUCAGUUCUGAUGAGUAAUCCAUCUUUUUUAAUAGAUGAGGCCACAAUGUGUUUAGGUGGUAACUUUUGUUGUUUAUAUUCUAGUUGAAUAAUUUAUUAUGAGUUGUGGAAAUGCCAUCAUUUUUGAUACUGUAAAUAUAAUGAUAGUUUAUUUUUUAAUAAAGUAUAUGAUGAGCUUAGAAGCAUUUAUGCUUCUUUCUGUAGUCUUGGUGAUCUCCCCUUGCAGUGACAAGCCAUAAUCUAUCACCAUUCAGAUUUUUGUAUGUAUCAAUCUCUUUUCGUCCCGUUGAAAGAAGAUUAGCUCUCACUAAAGAUAUGAGCUGUGUUAACCGAUUUACCGGUAUGUGAAAUUCACAGCAGGUGGCAGCAACAGUCUUUUUUUUUUUUAUCAUCUCUUAUCCUGCUUCUUUGUUGCUGUCUAUUAUUCCCAUGCUCUCUAAUUGGGUGUUUUUUUUCUGUAAGAAUGCAUUUUUUGAUGAGAUUAUUUUAUAAAAUUAGCACCAAAUGGGAUUUUUAUUUUUUACCUGAAAAAUUACCUUGCAUAAAUUUGUAUAAUAAAAUUGUUAAACAACUUUUAAAAGUCACCCAAUUAGUAAAUACAGUGCUGUGUGUAAUAAUCUCAGCAUAGGUCAUGCUUUAGAUGAUGCUGCUCUGAGGCCUCAGAGUUAAGGAAACAUUAGUGAUCAGUACCAUAAAGACAAAAGAACACACCGGACAAGUAAGGGACAAGAUAAGGUAAAAGUUUAAGCCAGUGUUGGCUCCUGGGAAAAAAAAAAAAACACCACCACCUAUGUUAUCUUUAAGGGCAUAUGGCACAAAGACAGAGGAUAUGACCUUAUACUAAAACUGACAGGCUGGGCUAGGAGAGCUGCAGCUGCAAAGAUCCACAACCUAAGAAAGACAAGGUAACUUAUUUAUUGUACUGCUGUUCUACUGUAGAACAGUAUAAAUAAAACCAGAAUCUGUGUUUGCAGUUUAAAAAAAAAAGCUGUGUUUCAUCCUGUCUCUGCUCCAGCACACUUCAAACAAUUGCAUUACCUCAUCAGCCUACCAUUAAGAGGUGCGGUAGCCAUUCUGUCACCAACUUUGAGUCAGGUUUGUGUUGAUUGGGAAAUUCUUUACACCAUCAAGGACAGAAUCCUGAGGACCAGGGCUGAAAAUAGCUAAAAAUGCAGGAGACAAGGCAAGCUGAAACAGGUGGUGUGGUCAAAUGAGUCUGAAAGAUUUCGCCUACACCACCUACAUUAACACUAUGUUGGAUAAAAACAACUACUGGUAAUAGAGUAUCCCCAUAGCAAAGCAUGGCAACAUGCUGAGGGGGGUGUUGUUAUGUUAGCUAAAGGAAGAUGGUACAAGUUAAGCAUCAAGAGUAGGACAAGAGACGAAGAUUACUUGCUAGAGCUACAAAAGGCAACAUCAACACUACUGUUCAUACAGAGCAGCAAAGGAAUUGUUUAGCAAAGCAUGCUCAUGUAGAUUGGUCCAGACAAAAGCUAGAGCCAAAACUCCAGGAAUUAAUUGAAAACCCUUUUUCAGAUGCAUUUAAUCCAAUCUGGGCUUGAACUACCGGUAAUACAAGGAUUAGGCAAAAAUCAGCUUAUUCAGCUUCUAAAUGUGCAAAGAAGCUACAGAAAUCUCAAAUACUUGUGGCUGUAACUGCAGGGAAAGAUGAUUGAAGGCUUGCUUUGCCCGAACGAGCACGCUUUACAGAAUUUGACUUUCAAAGAAAAUUGGAAAUAAAUCCAUUCAUUGAUUGAUCUUUGCCUAGGUGC